CCUGACGUGACAAGUGUCGCGAACUUCGUUACAUGCCACUUUUUUGCGCAUUUACAACCUAGAACCUCUCACGACGCUUUCACAGCCAUGAGAGUCUGCUCCUUCGACAAGAUCUUCUAGCUGUCCUAAUUGCCAGCAUUUACCACCCGUCCUCUUUCCACCUCAGACAAAAUGUCUGAAGAUGUCGGCGCAUUCGCAAAUGCUGUUGGUCGCAUAGCAUACGAAUUUUCUCUGAUUCGACCGAUGAUUCCCACAUACGUGCACCUCAUACUUUCUGCACUCUUCCCGAUCGUCGCCGGCGCUCAUGCCUCACUAUCUCGUCCUUCCUCUGCUGCGAAAACCCGAAGACAGUCAAAGACAGCCGACCGACAAGACGAUGACGAUGACGAGGAAGAGGAGGUGCAAAAGAUGGAAGGACUGUCGCCUUCGGACGCACUGAUGUUCCCACUACUUGCAGGCUGUACCUUGGCUGGCCUAUACUUUCUCAUAAAAUGGCUCCAAGAUCCCACCAUAUUGAACAAACUACUGAACGGGUACUUUGCCUUCUUCGGGGUGUUCUCUGUUGCAAAGCUUAUUUGCGACUUCUUGGACUUCAUGCAAGGCUUCGUCUAUCCCCGAAAGUACGUGAGCGGUGGAGCCUUGUGGGAGGUAUCUGGAGCCGACAGACAGGUGAGAAUUGUCAGUGGGACUGGUGGUUCGCUGCGAGUCUCCCCUCUGCCGGGAUUGCUGUCCAGGUUGCCGUUACCGUCACCAAUCAUGAACUUCCUGUGGUCAGUACGCGAAAUCCCUUGUCAGAAAUGGACUGUCAAGCUAUACGUGCACAAAAUCGCCGCUCUUCGAGCUAAAUUGGGCACCAACAUGAUUGUCGCAGCACUCGCUGGGCUCGCCAGUGUUGUUUACUUCAACACCGUAUCGAAGCCCUGGUUCUUGACGAAUCUCAUGGGCUUCGCUUUCUCCUAUGCAGCUUUACAAAUCAUGUCGCCGACGACGUUUGCUACCGGAAGCCUCAUACUCUCUGCUCUGUUUUUCUAUGACAUAUACUUUGUUUUCUACACACCCAUGAUGGUCACUGUAGCAAAGACUCUCGACAUUCCUAUAAAGCUUGUCUUUCCACGCCCACCGUCCCCCACCGAUGCCGACGCUCUGCCAUCGUUCGCCAUGCUUGGUCUUGGUGACGUCGUCCUCCCAGGCAUAUUGAUCGGCCUUGCGCUCCGCUUCGACCUCUACCUCUUCUAUCUACGCAAACAGACCAAAGUCACAGUCACAAAAAACGAGAAGGAGACUGUAGAAGUUCUCAAAGCAACAUAUACAUCGCUCUCAAAUCGCUGGGGCGAGAAUUUCUGGACUCACUCCUGGCUUGGCCGGCCCCUGGCCCCUGAACAAGCGAUGCAAAAUCCCACCACAUUCCCAAAACCAUAUUUCUAUGCCUCCCUGACCGGCUACAUUGCUGGCAUGCUCGCAACACUCGUGGUAAUGCAUAUCUUCGAACACGCCCAGCCUGCCCUUCUAUACCUCGUCCCCGGUGUGCUCAUCUCCACCUGGACAACAGCUUUGGUCCGCGGCGAGCUCAGGGCGAUGUGGGAGUUCUCCGAAGCCGUGGAGGACGAGCAGGGCAGCAGCAAGGACUCCAAAACCGGCGACCGGCACGCACAAGCAAUGGAAGCGAUCAAAUCCUGGCCGAACUUCUUCACACUGGAGGAGCUGACUAGCAUGGCCUAUCCCAUGAACGCGAGGGGUGGUGGUGGGAAGUUGGGGCUUGAAGUGGCUAUCCCGAGGCGCCGAGAGCGUGAGGUGUUUUCGCUGACGAUCGAGGCUCCGUUUAAGCUUUCGCGUCCUGGUUCAGUGGGAGGGGUGGAUCUGACUGCUGGUGUGGAUGGUCUGGCGAAGAAUAGUAGCAGCGAUGCGACAUUCGACGACGAGGGACAACCAGUCGCGAAGAGAGCGCGCCAUGUAUGAUGAUGAUGAUGAUAGAGGCGACGCAUGUAGCUUAUGUUGUUCAUUUACUUGACCUCGCAUAGCAUUCGGUGUCCUAGAAAGAAGGGGUUUAUAGUCCGCUAUGUUCUGUGGCCUCACAAUACGAUAUCAAACUUGCAUUUCAAGAUGCACAUGCAGACUACCACGUAUGAAAAGGAGUGUAUCCUUUCAUUGCAUAAUUCAAGAUAUUCAGCCG